AUGACAGAAGAAAUGCGAUUUCGGUAUGGACGUCGAAGGGGAUGGUUCGUAUCGCACCUCAGAGAUCACUUUGAGCUGUACUGCUCCGCCGCCUUCACAUUAUCCGUCGGACUAUCCAUCGCUUACUACAUCGGUUUCUUCACCACGCUCUUCUUCUACCUCCCUUUUGUCCUGUUCUGCAUCCCGACACUCGCAGUGUUGGACGCGUUUGACUUGAAGAAUGGGAACCGCCUUCGGUGGUCACGCAUCCAUCAACUUCGGUUCCUACUAUGUUGCUCGUGGUGUUUGUUCAUGGUCCUCUCCCCUCGUUAUCCAUCAUCAGGUCCAUCGUCAUACCUCAAUCCUUCUGCGUCUAUUCCUCCGCUGAAGAACGAGACGUACUUCAUCGUUUCUAAUUUGUACAACUCGGCCGCUGUGCUGCCAUCAUGGACACGAGAGAUGAAGGCGCUCAUCAAGCAUCUCGGACCUGACAAUGUUUUCGUGGCAAUCUAUGAAUCCAACUCGCAGGAUGAUACCAAACGCUUACUACGCUCGUUCGAUGAUGAUCUUAUACAAAUGGGCGUGAAGAGGAGCAUCAGGACGGAAGAUACUUCAGGACGAACUCAGGGUUGGUCUCUGGGUGGACAUCAGCGUGUACAGUACAUGGCCGAAGUUAGGAACAAGGCGAUUCAGCCUCUGGCAUCCGGUCACACCAACGGGCGUCCAUUCAACAAAAUCUUGUUCUUCAAUGACGUCUAUUUCGAUUGGAGCUACUCCAUGCCGUGCCAAAGUAGAAGGCCGCUUCAGUAUGUUUGA